CGGGGAGCUGCGGCGGGAGGGAGCGGGAGCGGCGGGGCGCAGCCUCCCGGGCCGCAGCGGGGAUGCGCCGCGGAUCCCGGCCAGGAGGUGCAGUUCAGCUGAGACUGACUUGCUCUUUGGCCAUCCAUAAACCGUGAAUCAGAAGGAUGCAGAAGACUAUCCCCUGCCUUUUUGCCCAUGAGUGAUAAGAGCACAAGAUCAUUAACACAAGUUUGCUGCAAAGAUGAGUUCAGAGGAGAAGAGUGUAUCUCCAGCUCACAAAACAUCCACUCCAUCACAUAGAAGUGCCUCCUCUUCGUCAUCCUCUCAGAGAGACAGGAGGCAGAGUGUUCAUAUUUUGGAGAGAAAAGCUUCUUCAGGAAGCACAGACCCUUCUUUAAGCAAGCAGUUCCUUGAAAGUGAUCAUCUCUCUCUAUCCAAGGAACCUGACAGCUGGGAAAUCAUAGAGGGUCUGAAAAUAGGCCAGACCAAUGUCCAGAAGCCAGACAAACAUGAAGGUUUCAUGCUGAAGAAGAGAAAAUGGCCAUUAAAAGGUUGGCACAAGAGGUUUUUUGUCCUGGAUAAUGGAAUGUUGAAAUAUUCAAAGUCACCAAUUGAUAUACAGAAAGGAAAGGUCCAUGGGAGCAUUGAUGUUGGUUUAUCAGUCAUGUCUAUAAAAAAAAAGGCUCGUAGAAUAGAUCUCGACACAGAAGAGCACAUCUAUCACCUAAAGGUGAAGUCGCAGGACUCGUUUGAUGCGUGGGUUUCCAAGUUACGGCACCACCGGCUGUACCGCCAGAACGAGAUCGUGAGGUCUCCCAGGGAUGCCAGCUUCCACAUAUUCCCCUCAGCCUCCACCACAGAGUCCUCCCCAGCUGCCAACGUGUCGGAUGGGAAGGUGCAGCAAAAUAAUUUCUCCUGGCAGCCUCCUAUACCCUGCAGUAACAGCCUUCCUGUCACCUGCACUACUGGUCAGAGUAAAGUAGCAGCCUGGUUGCAGGACUCUGAAGAAAUGGACAGAUGUGCAGAAGAUCUUGCUCAUUGUCAGUCUAACCUCGUGGAACUCAGUAAACUUCUUCAAAAUUUAGAAAUACUACAGAGAACUCAGUCAGCACCAAAUUUCACUGACAUGCAGGCUAACUGUGUAGAUAUUUCAAAGAAAGACAAGCGGGUCACGAGGCGAUGGAGAACAAAAAGUGUCAGCAAAGAUGCAAAAAUUCAACUUCAGGAAGGGCCGGCACCGAAGGGCCAGCUCAGCUCAACACGACGCCGGCAGAGACUGGCAGCUGCAGUGGCUACAACAGUCCCGUUCAGUGCCACCAUGUCGCCGGUUCGACUGCACUCAUCCAACCCCAACCUCUGUGCAGACAUCGAGUUUCAGGCUCCCCCAAGCCAUGUGGCAGACCCUCUGGAGUGCUCCACUGAGUACAUGAAGCUGCAAGAAGAAUUCUGCUUGAUGGCACAGAAAGUGCAUUCUCUUUUGAAGUCUGCCUUUAACAGCAUAGCUAUAGAGAAGGAGAAGCUGAAGCAGAUUGUUUCAGAGCAGGACCUUGCAGGCCACAAUGCUCAAAUAGCUCACCUCAGACAGUCCCUCUCUCAGGCUCUCAACCAGAAUGCUGAACUAAGGAGUCGCUUGAACAGAAUACAUUCAGAAUCUGUAAUUUGUGAUCAGGUUGUCAGUGUAAAUAUUAUCCCUAGUCCUGAUGAGACGGGUGAACAAAUUCAUGUCAGUUUGCCACUGUCUCAGCAAGUUUCUAAUGAGAGCAGGCUCUCAAUGUCUGAAUCUGUUUCAGAGUUCUUUGAUGCACAGGAGGUGCUUCUGUCUGCCAGCUCGUCAGAAAACGAGGCUUCUGAUGAUGAAUCUUAUAUCAGUGAUGUGAGUGACAAUAUAUCUGAGGACAACACCAGUGUUGCAGACAACAUUUCUCGGCAAAUUCUUAAUGGUGAGCUAACAGGAGGCGCAUUCCGAAAUGGACGGAGGACUUGUCUCCCAGCUCCCAGCCCUGACACCAGUAACAUCAAUCUGUGGAAUAUUUUGAGAAAUAACAUUGGCAAAGAUCUUUCCAAAGUGUCCAUGCCAGUUGAGCUAAAUGAGCCUCUGAACACCUUGCAGCAUCUUUGUGAAGAGCUGGAAUACAGUGAGCUCUUGGACAAGGCUGCCGAAACAGACGAUCCCUAUGAGCGCAUGGUUCUCAUAGCUGCCUUUGCAGCAUCAGGCUAUGCCUCUACAUACUUUAGAGCAGGAAGCAAGCCAUUUAACCCAGUGCUUGGUGAAACUUAUGAAUGUAUUCGAGAAGACAAAGGAUUUCGAUUUUUCUCAGAGCAGGUUAGCCACCAUCCUCCCAUUUCGGCCUGUCACUGUGAAUCGAAAAACUUUGUGUUUUGGCAAGAUAUCAGAUGGAAAAACAAAUUCUGGGGGAAAUCAAUGGAAAUUCUGCCUGUUGGAACCUUGAAUGUGACUCUUCCAAAGUAUGGAGAUUACUAUGUCUGGAACAAAGUCACUACUUGCAUACAUAAUAUUCUUAGUGGAAGGAGAUGGAUAGAGCACUACGGAGAGAUAACUAUCAGAAACACAAAAAGCAGUGUUUGUAUUUGUAAACUCACUUUUGUCAAGGUGAACUACUGGAAUUCAAAUGUCAAUGAGGUCCAGGGUGUUGUGAUAGAUCAAGAAGGGAAGGUGGUUCACCGCCUUUUUGGCAAGUGGCAUGAAGGCCUCUACUGUGGGGUUGCACCUUCAGCCAAGUGCAUUUGGAGACCAGGCUCCAUGCCAACCAAUUAUGAGCGUUAUUAUGGCUUCACAAGGUUUGCUAUUGAGCUCAAUGAAUUAGAUCCCUUACUGAAAGAUCUUCUUCCUGCAACAGAUGCACGAUUCAGGCCAGAUCAAAGGCUUCUGGAGGAAGGAAAUAUAGAAGCAGCAGCAUCUGAGAAACAAAGAAUAGAGGAACUCCAGAGAGCUCGGCGGCGGUACAUGGAAGAGAACGGCAUUGAAUAUGUACCCAAAUUUUUUAAAAAAGUUAUUGACGCUAAUCAAAGAGAAGCCUGGGUUACCAAUGAAACCUACUGGGAACUGCGAAAGGAUCCUGGCUUUAGUAAGCUAGACAUUCCUGUACUCUGGUAAACUGAGAAUGUAGACCUAGUAAACAUAUCACUCUGAAGAAAAAAAAAAAAAUAACUAUGCACAAUAUGUUUCUUAUAGCUAAGCGUGGUUUGUGGGUCUACAGGAAAAACCAUAUCAUACACAUUUAUAUUCAUCUUUAUAAUGGACUUUUGGAAGUGCAUUAGACCAGGUCCCUGACCACUUCUGGAUCUUUCUAAUUUUGCAGCAGCCAUCAAAACUAAUUAAAAAAAAAAACAAAAAAAAAAAAAAAAAGGAGACAGAAACCUUUUAAAGUUUCGUAUGCUGAAAUUUCGGAAAUAAAGAAGCAGAUGAGUUAUCCAAAGUCACUCGGAAGAGGUGGUAAGCGCAGAACUGCAACCGGUGCUUUAAACAGACAUUAAGAGUAAUACAAUUUAAAUUAAAGAAAAAAAGAAAGAAAAAGAGAAAAAAAAAAAUCCAUUUUGUUUCAACUAUUUUUGUUAAAAACUCUUGGGUCACAACACUGUCAUUUCUGGCUUCGGGUUAGUCCUUUGGUGUGAUGUGCUUGGACUGGCCUUUGUCAAAAAGAUAUGCUUUUCUGGAAGCUGUUCCCAUUCAUAUGCCAUUGUUCAUGCCUUAACAAAUAUGAAGAUGUACAUUAAGUAAUUUUAAAAUAUCUAUGCUUAGGCUUGUGUGAAGGGCAGAUUUUUAAAGCUCUAGAAUUUUAUCACAAUAUAAAUACUGAAAGACCUGCAUUAUUUGAAAUCAAAAGAUAACCAAACAUCUAACUGUAUUUCAGAGGUAUGAGAUCUACUGUACAUGCUUUAGCUUUGGGAUGCUGGCUGUAUAAUCAGACUGAAAAGAAACUGCUAGCUGGUUGAAUUUCAAUUUUGGUAAAUGCAUAUGAGUUGCUAGUCAGAAAGUUCAUAUUCCUGAUGCUGAGAUGCAGUCGUCACAUUUAGUACUGGCUGGACAUAGACCUCUCAGUGAAUCUCAUUUUCCCAUAACUGUUUAUACAAUUAGAAAUCCCUGAAGCUUUGCAACAGUGUUAAAAGCACAGAGAGAUUUCAUGCAAAGGUCUCUGGCUUCUCUCCAGAAGCUGGAUAGUACUGUAAAUGCAACUGUUUUCUGCCACACACAGUUUAUUUUCCUGGCUCUGUUUUUCCCCAUCUACUUCUCUUACCUAAAUUUAUGUUUGAGAGUAAUGGCAGAGGCUCACACGUGUUAUAGCUAACAACUUCUACUUGUGUUGCCAAUAUAGCUUUUUGCUAUAGUGCAAAAUAUACUUCACAUUUUUUCAUAAAAUGGUUCUAUAAUUUUUUAUUAAAAACAAAGUCUCUUAUGUGUUGCUAAGCCUCAGUUAAUAUAAGUGGGAGAAGACUUGGCACUUUCUAUUUGAAAAUCUCUGAAACAUUAAACAGUAGGAGGGCAGAUCUUAAUAAAAGAAAAAACAGUAAUUUAUUUGAUAAGAGCUACAUUCCAUAUGGUACGAUCUAGUCUUCCAUUUAUGCAUGUGUUAUACAUCCAACCACUGAUGAUAGGUUAGAUUUCAUGCACAGGCUCUGCAUUCCUUUCUGCCCAUGCAUAACAUACAAUUUUUCUAUUUAAGAGUGAUUCCAGUCCUGAGGUCAUAAAUAAAAUUAUUAGAUAGGUAUGUGAUCUGCCAGCUGAGCUGCUUGAACAGUUGUCAGUGCAUUACCACACAUCCCCAGCUCUCAGCCUGCUUCUUCCUUUUCCAGAGUCCCUAUACAACUGAGAUUACUUUGGUUAUUUAAUAUUCAUUUGGUUCUCCCUGUUGAUUGUACAGCAAAGUAACUAGCAGGGCAAUUAGCUGUUAAUCAGUUCCAAAUUCUUUACACAGUUCUCUUACAGAAAGAACUAUGAAAACCUACAGGAAAUAUUAAGUAGACUUUUUAUGAAUUGUGGAUGGUCAUGAAUUUUUAAAUAAAAAUUUGGUAUAAAAAUUCCUGUGUAGAUUAAUGGGAUUUCUUCCAAAGAAAAUUUUAAGUUAUUCAAAGAAUAAAUUUUAAGUUAUUCAAAGAAUGUUAUAUUUCUCUUUCCUAGUUGGAAGUAGUCUGAUUUAUUCUUACUUUAGUUCUGCAAUUGUUACUAUAAGAAAAUGAAAUAUAUCAGAGUUGGUUUUUUAAGUAAUAUUUGGUUAAGGUCAUCCUACUUGCUUUAAUAAUAUUACACUAGGAAUUAAAUUGGCACAUUAUGUGUAAAAUAGCAGCUAGUUAUUCUAUGUAGUUUUCUUUAAAACCAACCCUAUUAAACAUUUGCCCAUCUUUUGCUCCAGUCUUUGUGUGCAGUUCACUGUGAUAUUAGGAAAUAUUGUGUGUAUGACUGCAAACACAAUUGAGGGACAGAGCUGCAAAUCUUUAGUUAAAUAUAGAAAGAAGGUCUUUAGUUUUACAGCACUCUGGCAGUGCUCUGUGAAUGCCAUUAUUUGCAAUGCAAACUGAAACUUGGUGGACACUAUGAAUGCUGUCACUGAAUAGUUUUUUGCAAUUGUUUAUUUGACACUCAUUGAAAGAAAAAUAAUACUAACAUUUUUUAAAUCUAGAAAAUCUGUGAUACGCUAAAUCUUUCAUUAAAGUCACUUUCUAAGCCAAGUGGAUGUUAAAUUAGUGAAUUAGUAAGUAGAAAAGACACAAAAUGAUGCACCAUAAGAUAUCUGCAGUCUCUAUCAGAAAUUAAAAAGUUCAAGCAGAUAUACCAUAAAGCAGCUUCUUGUAGUGCAGAAUUCUCUGUAUUCUGUGCAAAAUCUGUUAUUGCAUUUUCCCUCUAAUAUUGGCAGACAUAAUGGAAUAUUUUGUGCUAUUUCUGAAGUGGAUAGGUGUUAGGGCUUCUAUCCAAAUUAUAAUUUUUAGUCAACCUGUGACAUUCUCAGCAUUGAGUGAGCUGGGGUGUGUUUUCCCCAUCCCCUGCCCAUGUCGUGCAGAACUGAGUGUCCCAUGCUGCCAAGAGAGUGCACCACUGGCUGUUUUGCAGCCUGGCACCUUUUGUAAAUGCCUGCUGGCUUUUGGCAGCACUGCUGCUCAGACACCCCUUCCCAGCAGGUGGGAUUUCUCCUGCUCCAGGAUCAGACCUUUUCACUUCUGUGGAACCUCGUGGAGUGAGUGUUCCUGGCCCAGUCCUCAGGCUGAGCAUGUGCUCUUCUGGUUGAAGCUUUGCCAUCUCAUCCUGCUGAUUUGGUGUCAUCUGUAGCCUUAUGUCCUUGAGCAGGUCACAGGGGAGGUGUUGGCUGGCACAGUCACAGAACUGACCCUGCAGGGCUGUGCUCACUGCUGGCUGCCAGCAGGGCAUAGACCAUUCAUCAGUGAGUGCCUUUCAGGCAGGUUUCUGCCCCACUCACUCCAUUUAUCCAGGCAGUAUUUCUCUUUGGAGGGCAUGAAAAAUUCUAUCCAACUCAGUAGAUUUAAUUGCUGUAUGCUUGGUAAGUGUUGAAAAUUAGUGUAAAUCAUUUGACAUGUAAAACUUUUUAUGCAAUUUAAGAAGUUCUUUCACUUCAAAGACAUAUGCUUUUCCCCUGUGUUUUCUCAAAACACUUAUUUCUGUAUAAAUACACAAUACUUAUGUUUAGUUUCAAAAUAAUGAGCUGUAAUUUCUAUUAAUAUUUAAAAAGUACAUCUUAAUUUCUUCCUUGUUCUGGUACUUUGGAUAUGAUAGGGUAAUUGUAGCUAUUUUCAUCAAAUGCAAUGUCUUACAAAGAUUUAAAUAGCUUCAUUCUUAUUUUAGAUUAUCACAGUGGCAGAGUUUUGGCAUAUUAGGGUUUUUUAUCUCACAGGAAAAGAUGAUUUGAGUUGAUUUUCAUGAAGCAUCACCGUGAUUAAAAAGUCAUCUAGGCACCCAUUCUAAUUUUAGACAGAUGUAAGCUGCAUGAAAUAAACUGGUUUUUAUUUGGCUUUAAAAGUGCAAUUCCCACUAUAUAGUCUUUUCAUCAUACAAACAAUGUUGCCCUUCUUUUUUCUCCUUUUGAACUUCUGACUCUGAAUAAGCCCCUGCAGCACCUGUGGGUUUUAUGUGAGUAGCACAUGCCAGGCAGCUGGCACAGUGUGGAAAGGUAUUAUCCUUUAUUCCCUCUGAGCACUGCCAGUGCCUUAUGGAAGCAAACUACACAAACCCUAAGGCAAACUAGGAGCCAGGGCUGGUCCUGCCCCCAUGUGAGCUGCUUGGAUCUGGCCAUGUCCCUGCUCCCCAUGGAGGGAAUGGGAUUUCUCACCUCUCACCAGUGAAGCCCAGCUCAAUUGCAGUCUUACACUCAGCUUCUCCUCAAAAUAUCAGAAUUUUUAGAAAUGUCCUGGAGGGAAGGAGAAGUUCACUUGUAAUUGCACCAUAACCAAGAGGGCUGAAUAUAUCCCUUCUCUGUUUUGCAAAAUUUGCUCUCACUAGUAAAGGCCUAUUAGUAUAGGGUUCAUAAACUCAUCAUCUCUAAUUUUUAAUUUUUUUUAACUUUCCUUGCAAUCUUUGUCAAACCUCAGAAAAAAAAGGCAAGGGAGAGACAACAAAUGCAGGAUGGUGAAACUAGUCACAGAAGCUUUGUCAAUGUGAGAUGUACCAAAACAGAAAAUUUUCUGACUUGUAGGAAUUAAAAUGUCAGCAGUGCUGCUGACUUCACUUCAGGCUGGUUAUCUUGAUACCAUUUUUCUUUCCACUGAUCCAUGACAGCAUGAAAAAAGGGAAGAUUGGAGACAUUUGCUCAGAAUUAAUGCUGAAGGUGAAGGGAAGUUUUUAUUCCUUUUAUAAAUAAAAAAUGACGGUAGCCAGCAUUUGGCUGAAGGUGUCUCGGUAACAUGGACAAAAAAGAGAGUUAUAUAGUUUGAAUAAAUAAUCACCAGUGCAUAACAUGUUCUUUCUGACCUGUGAAUAAUUAAUUGAAGUAUGGUAAAGCUACUUAUUGGUACUCAUGGAGCAAUGAUUCAGAUAUCUGCUGUGAAACACAAAUUUAUUUUCAUAUUGACUGCUACUUUUAGUGCUCUGCAUUAAAGAAAGAGAACACUGAGCAUGCAAAAUGGGAAGAGGUGAGGAAAGUCCUUCAGAAACUCAGAAGUGGGUAAAUUCUCUAAGAAUCAAAAUUAUGUGCUCUACAAGAGCAGAAGACAGUGGCAAAUACUCAACCAGAACUGUUCUUCACUGAGCUACUUGCUUCUGAUGCCAGCUGGUGUAGUCACACAUGCAGCCUCUUGUUCUGAAAUUCCAUCUCUUUUUUGGAUUGUGCUUGUGUCCCAGGGGUUGCUUUGUCAUGUCCACCAGGAAUAAUCAGUGCUUGAGUCAGGACUGCAAACUCAGAUUUCUUAUCUGGUAGUCCUGUGCUGAAUGCUCUCUCUCACUUUGUUAAAGUCACCUGAACAAGGAAUAUUAUAGUUACAUUGGCAUACAAGGUUAAUCCUCAGUAAUUUCCAGGGAAAGCAAAAUUCAGGAUAGCUUCUUUAGCUAUGUGGGAAACUACAUGAGAUCUUCUAUUAUCCUUAUGUUUGCUUAAUAUUUUAUAAAAUAUUUUGAGACUGGAUCUUAAUAAAUAUAUUAAAAUUACGUUAUACCCUACCUUGAAGUCAACACUGAAAAUUCUCAUUCCAAUUUGAGGUUAGAAAAUAAGUCUAUUUAAUUUUUGAAAUAAGUACCUACUGAUAUUCUGUAGUAGUUGAGAUACAGUAUAACAAAUUCAGAUCACAAUAAAUUUUCUUUUCUGCUGAGUCUCACAGAAGACCUGACUGAGCAUAAAGAUAAGUGCUGAUGAGUGUAUUUUGAUGAGUGUAUUUUGGUAUGCAGGCAAAAAUGCAAAAUGACAACUUCUACCUUAGUAAGCUUUCUCUCUAAUUAGCAAAGACCCUGUUCUUGUUCCUUUUUAAUAAUUUCUAGACUACUUGCUUUCAAAUAUUUUUUCCACACUAAGAAUUAAUCCCAUUAAGAUUGAAUUUAAAAAAAAUUCCAUGUCUGGAAUUCUGCAGACAUGAAGGGUGGUGUUCAUGCCAUGUUAAAUGUCCACUUCUCAGGGUGGGCCAUUAAAAUUUCACCCUCUGGCCAAAAAUAAAUAUCAAUGGGCUUUUCCAGUGGGAUUCUUCUUUGUAUAUGGAUUUGUGUCUAUGUUAUUUACUGUAAAAUAAGUAAGAAAUCAAGCUGCCAACAUCUGAUGUCUGAAAUAUUUUUCUUCCUCUGAAUUGCUUAGCAAAUUCUCUGUUACUGCUAGAUUGUCUGAAGGGAUACUUUUAUUUAUCACAUGGAAAGCCAUCAUAAAAUGAAACUACUGUGGUAUCAAAAAAGAUUAAUAUGAUAGUUCUGUGCUAGGAUAUUAUGUAUAAUUUAUUUGUUGCAACUGGUAGCAAGACUUCUUUGGGUCUCAAUCUACUUUUCUUUGUAUAAUUAACUGGGUGAUGUAUGAUUUCUCAGUAUUUCAAUAGCAAAGAGUUCUGUAUUUUCUCUCACUUUUGCACAAAGCUGAUAUAAAGUGGGAAUAAUCUCACACUUUUUUGGGUGUGCUUAGUUCCCACGCGCACACGUAUGAAAUGUUGUAAAUGUUAGUUUUUACCUUCCUCAGAUUCUGAGGAUGCCAUUAGAAGAGUUAGGUUUAGGUUAGUUGUCAUUUUUAUACUGCCUUACUGAGCUUCUUUGCUUUUAACAACCUUUCAGGUGGUAGAUUGCCCUGUGCCAAUUCCUCAGCAGGCCAAAAUGUCAGAACCUAAGCAGCUAAAAGAGCAUUCUUUGCUGACUGCUGGUAUCCAUGUGCUCAUUCUGAAAAAAACCAAACCAUAUCUUUGGGUAGCUUACUUGUAAAAACAGAUCCUCUGAGUCUUUCUGCUGUGAUUAUGCUAUUAUGUCAGGUACAAAGGCAAGUAGAGACUUGCUUUGUGGUUUUUAAGAUGGAUUUAAAGGGAAAAAGUUGCUUUUUAGAAGUAUAACAUAUAGAACCAGUACUACUUUUGAGUAGUGGGUAGAUAGUGUCUGUUUUAAAGGGAAAUAACAGACUGUAAUGAGAAAGGGUCUGAGUUCUUAGAUGCACCAGAUAAAUUUUUUUCUAUUGUUUUGAAAGCAAUAUAAAAAUUUACUUAAGAGAAAGAAAGACAGUGUGAAGCAUUUAUGUACCUAGCUACCCAAAUGUUUCAGAAUGCAUUGUUAAUUUUGAGUAUUUCAGUAUUAAAAAUCACAUGCAAACUCAUAAUUUUGCACUCAAAAGUUUGCUGUGGGCUUCCAUAAUGAGAUGAUAAAGAAUAGGAUACUUGAAAAAACAUCAGUACCAUAAUUUCUAAAUAACUCUAAGUAAUAGAAAAUUAAUUUGCAGAUAUUCAUAGUGAAAAUUAUAUAAGCUACUUAUAGUAUUGCAAUUUUUAAAAGCAUAAGUUUGGUCCUUUGUAAUACAUUCAGUAAUUUAACAUUUAAAAAAGUAUUGUUAAUUCUACUUGAUUGAGUUCCUGCAAAUGUAUUCAUCUGUUCUUGACUAUUCACAAGUCUUAUUAAUUCUGAUUCCAAAUGUGUGCUGAUUAUGCCAGUAAAAGCAAUUUUAUUGCUUAUGGUUAGUAAACAUCAGCAGCUGAGGAGCAAUACAGAAGGGAUGUAAUUUGUGUGUUCCAAAUCUAUAAACUUUUAUUUCACUGCAGGACAUAAUCAGCAACACACAUCAGAUUUUUUCCUGCUCCAUCUGCUUGGACUUUGACAUUGCUCAGGCAUCAAUGUGUACUUAGCAUUAACAUUGCAAACAAUUCUCUUUUAAAUCAGUUUAAAAGAUGUAGAUGCUUAAGUUCAAAUAAAAACACUUCACAGUGACAUUCCUGAGAAAACCCCAGGUUUUGUAGCACUUGAUUUCUAACUCCUUCAUGCUUGAACAAAUGAGCACCACACAGAGGCUGAGCUGCUCUUGGUACUCCACUCCCCAUUGAACCCAGUGAGCUUCCAGGUGAGUGGAUGAUCUAGCUGCCCAAAUCUAUUUCAGCUCUAGUCAAGCCUAGGUAUUCAACUAGUUGCCCCUAAGCCUGAUUUUGAACAUGUGCACUGUGUUGUGGAAGAUAAAAUGUGUGAAAUACAGUUGGUUUGACUGCUUACCACUCCGAGCAAUAUAUUUGACUUUCCUUUGACUCUCUUGCAUUUUGGAACCUUGUAGUUUUAAAAAACAAGUUAACUUCAUGUCUCUGCAAAGCUCAUAUAGCUAUGACAUUUGGAAUAAAGAACAGUGCAUUAAAACAAUUACAAUUCAUCAUAUUAUGUCUCAUUCUGGCAAGCUUAAUUGUAAGAAUAUUUGCAAUCCAUGUUCCUGUUUCCUGAUACUUUCCCCGGGAUGGUGCCAGCCCAGAGCUGAGGACUGCUAGUACUGUAUGCCAGUCAGAAAAAGGAGUCUAAUCUUUCUGAUUUGUGGAGCAGGGGGUGGCAGGCUAAGAGCAUGCUCUUGAUCUUAGCCUGGAAAAGAAUGAAUGUGAGAAAGUGCCUCUCUCCAUCCAGGCUUCAGCACAUACAUAGAAUUGCUUUCUUUUGGUAUUUUAAGUUUUCUGGCUACUUCUGAGAUUAAACCUAGCCAGGAAAGAGCAGUAAUAAAACAGUUUUAGGUUUACAUAUAAUGCAGCUGCAACACUUACUCUGUGUCUUUGCACUUGGAAGUUGGUUUUGAACUGUUGUAUAACCCAGAGAGCAGAUGAGGCCUCACACUGACUACCUCUCAUGCAAUAAAACCCAAGCUCAUUCAGUAGCUAAUGUUGAUUACAGUUGAGCAUCCUUUGGCCACACGAUUCAGGGAGGUGGUAGUGGGGAAAAUAAUAAACAAGGAAUGAUAAUAAAGACUUUAUUCCAGUGAUGCAUUUGGUAUACAUGAUACCCAUAAUACCAACUCCAACUGAAGGUGGUCCUACAGCUUCUGGUAGGAAAUAAAAAGUGAAUUUGGCUAUGCUGUAGUUUUUGUUGUGCUCUAAAAUGUUACAAAAGAUGUCAUCUGUUUCCUUCAGACAAAGUCAGAUUUUCCAGGAUAUUGUGUCCAAAACCUACACCCAAUUCUAAUUUUUCAGGAAACAUGAUGCUCUUUUACCUG